UUUAACGUGAAUUUGUGUGUCCCGUCUUAAUCAGUUUUUAGAGCGGCAUGUGACUCUGCCAUGUAUGCUUUUUAAAUUUGCAUAAGUACACACAGACACACAGGCACUAAUCUUGUUGAGUGUGUCUGCGGAGCGGUGCGGGGUUCACCUUCAGUGCUCAUUAGCCAGCCAGCUAUUUGAACACAUUCGGGACUGCUCACCAGGUCAACUUUCACAUCUUUUUUUUUAUUAACCUUUUAGUUGUUUGAUAUUAAUUAGACGUGUUGGAGGGACGCAUGAGGUCGUUGUCAUGACGCUGAGGAGAGUAAACGUGGUCAUCCUUGUGCUACUGGCUUUGGCCUUCCUCAUCAUAGUUCAACGAAAUCUCCUCAACCUCAGUGACUUUUUGCACAAAGAAAACACAGAUGUUGGGGUGGUUCUUCCCUUUGAGUCCGAAUUGUCUCCAGACCUCAGACUGGAGCCGAGGAAGGGUGAGGAGAUCCCUGUUCUCAUCACUGCUGCCGAGGAUAGACUUGGUGCUGUGGUUGCUGCCAUGAACAGUGUUUACAGUAACAGCAAAGCCAAUGUUGUCUUCCAUAUAGUGACCCUGAAUGACACAGUGGAUCACCUAAAAGUGUGGCUGAGUAAGACGACUCUAAAAAAUAUCAAAUACAAGAUAGUUAUUUUCAAGCCUGAGCUCCUCAGUGGAAAGAUAUCUAAAGAGGCUCAGAUGCUGGAUGCCGAAAAACCGCUGACGUUUGCUAGGUAUUAUCUGCCUUUAUACAUACCUGAGGCAGAGAAAGCCAUCUAUUUGGAUGAUGAUAUAAUUGUACAAGGGGAUAUUCAAGAGCUUUAUGAAACUACCCUCAAACCAGGACAUGCAGCUGCCUUCUCUGAUGACUGUGAUUCAGUGUCUGCUAGGGGCAUCGUUCGAGGGGCUGGAAAUCAGAAUAACUAUAUAGGUUUCCUGGACUUCAAGAAGGAGGCUAUCAAAAAGCUGGGGAUGAGAGCUAACACAUGCUCAUUCAACCCGGGGGUCAUCAUCGCCAAUCUGACUGAGUGGAAGAACCAGAACAUCACCGGGCAGCUGAAGCACUGGAAGGAACUGAACACAAAGGAGGAUCUGUACAGCAAGACACUGGCAGAGAGCGUCACCACUCCCCCACUCCUUAUUGUUUUCUACAAGCAUCACUCCACCAUUGACCCCAUGUGGCACAUCAGGCACCUCGGCCUGACGGGUGCUGGUAACCGCUACUCGCCACAGUUUGUGAAAGCCGCCAAACUCCUCCACUGGAAUGGACGCUAUAAGCCUUGGGGGAGAACCUCCUCUUUUACUGAAGUGUGGGACAAGUGGUACAUUCCAGACCCCACAGGAAAAUUUAAUCCUGUGCGAAAACACAAAGGGGACAAGUAGACUGAACAUUUCUUUUGUUUCAGGUUUUUGGGUUGUUUUUUUUUUGGUGGGGGGGGGGGGUUCAUCCAACCAGCCAUGCCAGCCUUGUCCCGGCAGGACAGGACCACGCCUCGUGAUAUCUCAGGAACACAAACAAAUACAAGAGAGGCCUUCUCACUUGACAACCCUGUGUUUUGAGUUCUGUCAUCCUCGUUACAGUUUCCCUUGAAAACAAAAAAUAGGUCUAUUUUUUGUUUAACCAGAGGAUUAUAUUGUUGCUUUGGGCGCACACAUUUCCACAGCUGCUUAGUCCAAAAACUCAGUGCCCUUGUGAUUGCUUUUGACUGUUUCACUAAAAAAGUAGUGUGUUUUCUAGUAUAUGACCAAAAUGUUGUUUUGUCCUCAACAUGAUCAGUAAGGUGUUCAAUCUGAAGUGUAACUCCAGUCAGCAGUAAUGAUAUCUUGUGACAAUGUGCUAAAACCACCAUGUGCAUAACUAACUUAAGCCAUCAUUGUUGAAGAAAUCAGUGUGUGUUACUUGGUGUGUUUGUAUGCAGCUUAAUGAGUAACUUGCUUUAUUUGCAACUAACUAAAGGA